GCCUGCUGUAGUGUGAGAGCUGAGAGCUGCGCGCGCGGGGUUCAUUCAUCAUCUCUGCUUCACGCGGACGCUUCGGGCUUCAUAAACCAGCGCGUGUGUUCAGCAUGGCCGACUCUGAGGGAAAGUUCUGUUUCGCCAUCGACCGCGGCGGGACCUUCACUGACGUCUUCGCUCGUCUGCCAGGCGGUAAAGAGCGAGUGAUGAAGCUCCUCUCGCACGACCCGCAGAACUACAGAGACGCCCCGACCGAGGGCAUCCGGCGCAUACUGCAACAGGAAACAGGAAAGAGUUUCCCCCGCGAUGAGCCGCUGGACUCAUCUCUGAUCGGGUGGAUCCGCAUGGGCACCACAGUGGCCACCAACGCGCUGCUGGAGCGCCAGGGAGCGAGGAUGGCGCUUGUCGUGACGCGCGGCUUCAAACACUUACUGCACAUCGGCACACAGGCUCGACCCGACCUCUUCGACCUGGAAGUACAAGUGCCUGAUGUGCUUUACGAGGAGGUCAUUGAAGUGGAUGAAAGAGUUGUCCUGAAGCAAGAUGCCUGCCGUCUGCCAAGCAAGGAACCUAAGCGAACCGUCACAGGUAGUACAGGGGAGAGUUUGGAGGUCUGGACCGAGUUAGACCUGCAGUGUGUGGAGAGAGAUCUCAAAGCAGUGCUGUCUCGAGGAAUCACCGGGCUGGCCGUGCUUUUUCUGCACUCAUACAUGUACCCAGAUCACGAGCAGGCGGUGGGCGCUCUGGCUCGGCAGCUCGGUUUCUCUCAGGUGUCUCUAUCGAGCGAGGUGAUGCCGAUGAUCAGAGCCGUACCUCGCGGCUACACCGUGUGUGUGGACGCCUACCUCACACCCAAAAUACACCAGUACGUCAGCGCUUUCACCUCCGGCUUCAAAGGGCGACUCGCUGACGUGGACGUGCUGUUCAUGCAGUCUGAUGGAGGGCUGACUUCUAUGGAUCAGUUCUGUGGGUCUCGGGCGGUUCUGUCCGGCCCAGCUGGAGGAGUUGUGGGUUAUGCCCUCACCGCGUAUAACAACACACAACACACACCCGUCAUCGGCUUCGACAUGGGAGGUACCUCUACAGACGUGAGUCGCUAUGCUGGUCAGUAUGAACAUGUUUUUGAAUCUACAACCGCCGGGGUCACGCUGCAGGCACCUCAACUCGACAUCAACACCGUCGCAGCGGGAGGAGGGUCUCGACUGUUCUUCAGGUCUGGGAUGUUUGUUGUGGGGCCCGAGUCCGCCGGCGCUCAUCCCGGUCCAGCUUGUUAUCGAAAAGGGGGUCCUCUCACAGUCACAGAUGCUAAUUUGGCUCUUGGCCGUCUACUCCCUUCUUUCUUCCCUCACAUCUUUGGUCCUGGAGAGGAUGAGCCGCUCUCCAUAGAUGAAACCAUGAGCCAUUUUCAGAAGCUAACUAAAGAGAUCAACCAUUUCCUUUCGACCAGCCAGGCCCAGUGGAAUGGAGACGGUCACACAAGCAAUGACGUGUCAAAUAGCGGCAAAUCAGAAAUGACUGUUGAGGAGGUCGCUAUGGGAUUCAUCAGAGUUGCGAAUGAAGCCAUGUGUCGACCAAUCAGAGCACUAACGCAGGCAAAGGGCCAUGAUACGUCUCAGCACAUGUUGGCGUGUUUUGGAGGAGCAGGCGGACAACAUGCAUGUGCCAUCGCACGAUCACUGGGCAUGAAAACCGUCUAUAUACACAAAUACAGCGGGGUGUUAUCAGCGUACGGUUUGGCUCUAGCCGAUGUUGUGGAGGAGGUUCAGGAGCCGUGCUCCCUGCAGUAUAACACACAGUCUUACUCAGAGCUCGAUAGCCGUAUCCAGCGACUCUCGCAGCGCUGCCAGGACACACUCUGCAAACGUGGAUUCAGCAGGUCUCAGAUCAGUACGGAGGCGUUCCUGCACAUGCGCUACGAAGGAACAGACUGCGCGCUUAUGAUCAGCGCUAACGAAGCCCCGCCUCACGCUCAGUCCUGCUCUGCCGGAGACUUCCGUACCGCCUUCACCGCACGCUACAUGAAAGAGUUCGGUUUCACUAUCGCCGACAGACCCAUAAGCGUGGACGACGUCCGAGUCCGAUGUUCAGGGAAGUCUGGAAUCGGGACAACGGCCAUGGCGCAAACAGGAGGUCGAGCGCCGAAACCGACACGGAUGACCAAGUGUUAUUUCGAGGACCAAUAUCUGGAUACAAGCGUCUUCCUGUGGGAGGAUCUGUCAUGUGACCACAGUAUCGACGGCCCCGCGAUCAUCAUCGAUAAGAACAGCACCAUCCUGGUGGAGCCACGCUGUUCGGCUCGCCUGAGCCCGACCGGAGACGUGUGUAUCGCCGUGGGAAUGGACGGCAUGUGCGCGCUGGGGACGGAACUGAACGCGGUGCAGCUGUCCAUCUUCUCUCAUCGCUUUAUGAGUAUCGCAGAGCAGAUGGGCCGUGUGCUACAGAGGACCUCCAUCUCCACCAACAUUAAGGAGCGUCUGGAUUUCUCCUGUGCCGUGUUCGGACCUGAUGGGGGUCUGGUGUCGAAUGCUCCUCACAUCCCUGUGCACCUGGGAGCCAUGCAGGAGACUGUGCAGUACCAGCUGAAGGCGCUCGGCGGCAGUCUGCAGGAGGGAGAUGUGAUAUUGAGUAAUCACCCGUGUGCUGGAGGAAGCCACCUGCCCGACCUCACAGUCAUCACACCGGUGUUCCGUCCUGGCGUGAGUGGCCCAGUGUUUUUCGUGGCCAGCAGGGGGCAUCACGCUGAUAUCGGCGGCAUCACCCCGGGCUCGAUGCCCCCUCACUCUACCUGUCUCCAGCAGGAGGGGGCCGUCUUCACCUCCUUCAAACUGGUCACUGAAGGAGUCUUCCAGGAGCAGGCGGUGACGGAGGCUCUCAUGGCUCCCGCCCGUUACCCAGGUUGCUCCGGCACACGCAAUCUCCAUGACAACCUGUCAGACCUGCGAGCUCAGGUAGCUGCCAAUCAGAGAGGGAGUCAGCUGGUGGGGGAGCUGAUCGACACCUACGGCCUGGGAGUGGUACAGGCGUACAUGGGCUACAUUCAGAGUAACGCAGAACUGGCUGUCAGAGACAUGCUGAGAGAAUUUGCACGUCUGCGACGUGAGCAGAGCGGCUGUUUAGACGUGGAAGCCGAAGAUCAGAUGGACGACGGGACGCCAAUUAAACUCAGAGUGCAGAUAAAUGAACAGGAGGGCAGUGCUGUGUUUGAUUUCUCAGGAUCAGGUCCAGAGGUGUGGGGGAACUGUAACGCUCCUCGCGCCAUCACACUUUCUGCCCUCAUUUACUGCCUGCGCUGCAUGGUGGGGCAGAACAUCCCUCUCAACCAGGGCUGUCUUACCCCCAUCAGAGUGAUCGUCCCCGCCGGAUCUAUCCUGCAGCCUUCCCAGAAUGCCGCGGUGGUGGGAGGGAACGUGCUGACGUCACAGCGAGUGGUGGACGUCAUCUUCCGGGCGUUCGAAGUGUGCGCCGCCUCACAGGGCUGCAUGAACAACAUCACAUUCGGCAAUGAGAAGUGCGGCUACUAUGAAACGGUCGGGGGCGGAGCAGGGGCGGGGCCUGGCUGGAACGGGCGGAGCGGAGUCCACAGUCACAUGACCAACACGCGCAUCACAGACCCUGAGAUUCUGGAGAAGAGGUAUCCGGUGGUGUUGGAGCAGUUCUCCCUGCGGGACGGAUCUGGAGGUGGGGGUGGGUAUCAUGGCGGUGAUGGAGUGAUCCGGAAGCUGCUCUUCAGAGACGAGGUCAUUCUGUCAGUGCUGACGGAGAGACGCUCUACACGACCGUACGGGCUGCGCGGAGGACAGAGUGGAGCAGCUGGACUGAAUCUCCUACAGCGAGCUGAUGGACGAGUGUUAAACCUGGGAGCAAAAACAUCUGUCACCCUACAGCCUGGGGACAGGUUUGUUCUCCACACCCCGGGAGGAGGAGGUUACGGUGAGGAGGAGGAAGAGGAGAAGAAGCUCUCGUCCUCUAAGCGGCUCCGUUUAAACGGUGUGUUUACCGAGAGAGGGAGUGUGUACGAGUACCGCCGAGCUCAGGAGAGUGUCUGACCCCCCGUGUUCCUAAAAAUCAGCUCAUAUCCCUCUGUUUAUCUCUAAACACCACCGUAAACCAGUUAAGACCAGUUCAGGUGUAAAAAUACGAUAGGUUGUAACCCUGAAUUUCAGACUAGGAAGGAAACCAGCGUCUCAACCCGAGUCUCGCCGAACGCCAGUCCAGCCAGCGAUAUCAAAUUACCGUGUCCUCUCAGAGCGCUAAAUGUAAAGGAAGUAGCACUUGUUACUUGUUAUAACGCUUCCACUCUACUGUAUACACACGCUGUUAUUUUAGAGCCGUCAGCAUGCCGACAGGUCACUUGUUCACAUCCCGACGUAAAUCCAGUGCAGCGCAAAUCUGUUCACUUCAGAAGCUCCGCCCACAAUUACAUACAAAUAAAUUGUGCAGAAAAAGAUUUUCCUGUCGCCAUUAAACACAAUGAUGCCCUUGAAGCUUUGUGUCGCCAGUUAAUUAAUGAGCUUUACGGGAUUUAUUAAUAACAUGAACGGUUCCACUCUACUGUACACACACACUGUUAUUUUAGAGCCGUCAGCAUGUUCACUUGUUCACAUUUCACUUGUUCACACCCCAACAUAAAUCCAGUGCAGCACAAAUCUUCACUUCAGAAGCUCCGCCCACAAUCCAUACAGUAUAAAUUGUGCACAAUUACGUACAAAUAAAUUGUGCAGAAAACAACAGGAGCCAGCAGAACUUUUUUUCUUGUUUUCUCUUUUAUCUUUAAGUGAAAUGCUGUUAAAAUGAUGAACCGUAGUUACUGAUGCAUUAGCAGCUUGCCGGUUGUUUAUUUUAAGAAUUGAUUUCAUUAACAAAGUAAUAAAAAAGCUGUGAUUUUAAUGAUGAAAUGAGAAAUCCGAGGACCAUCGUUUUUUGUGUGUGUGUGUGUGUGUGUGUGUGUGUG